GUAAAAAUGUUUUUUUCAUGUUUUCUUUUGAUCACUGGAUUCCUUCUACUCGUUGUACAACAAGCAGAUGCACUUCGGUGUUAUGUUUGCUCUAGCGUUUUUGGGGCAUGUGAUUUAAACGACAAUUUAGGAAUCCCAACGACAUGUAAAUCUGGAGAAAUUGCUUGCUCAAUAGUAUCAGUAACUGGACUGAUUGUGAAGGGAUGUUCUGCGACUCUUCCUGAAUACUAUAUGUGUGGUGACCAGAAUCCGCAGUUUUGUUUCUGUACUAGGGAUUACUGCAAUGUAAACUUUGUAUCUGCAAUUGGAGCUCUUUAUCUACCAAGAUUAGCAGUUUUAUUACUUACAUUGUUUGCAACAGUUUUUACCAGAAUUAUCAUUAAUCCACGUUGAGAAAUUAUUCAUUUGUGUUUCUUAGGAAUGUCCAUAGAGAAUAGAAUAAUAUAUAUAUAUAUAUUCUAUUCUCUAUGGGAAUGUCAGCGUAAUUUCAAGUGACCCUUAAAGAGAGGGAAUGUCAGAUUUACAUUUUUUAACAUUUCGACUCAUAAUUGAUGGCAAAGCACUCUGUGUGUUUACUCCUAAUCAAGGUUAUAAUACAAGGAAAGUGAUUUCAGAGCAGUACGCAUCUUU